AUGAGUGAUGUCUGUUUUACAGAAUUAUUGAUACUUCAGGGCGAUUUGCUUACAGAAGGAAAUACAAUACCGGCCUUUAUGUAUGAGGCAAAAAAGACUUUGUGUGCAUUGGGGCUGAGUUAUGAGAAAAUGCACGCGUGCCCCAAUGAUUGCAUCUUGUAUAGGAAGGAGUAUGAGGAUUCAACUAAUUGUCCUACUUGUGGUAUCUCAAGGUGGAAGGAAGGUAAAGAUUCAAUCUUGAAAGAGGGUGUGCCAGCGAAGGUGGUGUGGUAUUUUCCUCCAAUUCCAAGGUUUAAAAGGAUGUUUCGAUCACAUGAGACAGCUAAGAGUUUGACUUGGCAUGCUGCUAGAAAAUCAAUUGACGGUCAGAUGUCUCAUCCGGCGGAUUCCCCGUCUUGGAAACUUCUUGAUGAUAAAUGGCCCGAGUUUGGUAAUGAGCCGAGAAACUUGAGAUUGGCUCUUUCAUCUGAUGAAUUCAAUCCCCACAGUUCUCUAAGUAGCAGAUAUAGUUACUGGCCAGUUAUCUUAGUUACAUAUAAUCUCCCUCCAUGGCUGUGCAUGAAAUGA